AUGGAUAAUUCAGAAUAUUGGUUAUUAGGGAGAAAGGUUCUAAAAUAUAGUAAGCAUUGUAGAGUCUGUGACAAAUGCGUUGAUGGCUUUGAUCAUCAUUGCAGGUGGAUCAAUAACUGCAUAGGAAGAAAAAAUUACAAAAGGUUCUUCAUCCUCAUGGUGUUUGCUCUUCUCUUGCUUAUUCUGCAGUGGGCUGUUGGGAUGCUUGUGCUGAUACUGUGUUUUGUUGAGAGAAGGAGAUUUUCUGCUGAAAUUGUUUCAAAGCUGGGUAGUAGCUUUUCCUUGGCACCCUUUAUCAUUGUGGUGGCUGUGUGCACUUUAUUAGCCAUGGUUGCUACUCUUCCAGUUGCACAACUUUUCUUCUUCCAUAUUCUUUUAAUAAAAAAGGGAAUCAGCACCUAUGAUUACAUUAUUGCUUUGAGGAGCAAGAUCAGGAGCAGGAGCAACUUGCUGUUGGUGGGCAGCAAAGUCCGCAAAUGUCCCAAGUGA